UGGUGUCUGCGAAGGUGACUGGGACUGAACAGAUGGUGACAGAGAGAGAGAAGCAGCGACGAAUGUAGAUGACAAACGAUUAUUCUCAAGCAGUCAUAGAAGAGGUUCCUUAUAACAGGCACAGCAGAGCGCAUGCGAGCAUAUUUGAGUUAGCAGCAUUUAAGGUUAGAGAAAGUUACUUAUUAAAACUCGGGAUAAACUCAAGUCCAUUUAUUUCAAAGGAGUAUACCCACAAGGUUGUAAUAGCAGGACCGAAGAAGCGUGUACGGAAGGAGACAAGAAUAAGGAGACGAAGCGUCUGGACAGUGUAAAGUCAAGUGAGGAUAGGUAGGCAACAUAGCUACCAGCCGAUAGCCUGAUCUAGUUCUGAACGGUUUUGUUAUAAGACUAAGACUGGAUAUUGGCGGGAGAAGAGCCAACGGGAAUUAAUGAUCACAGUGCAAAAUAUUUUAAGUAACCUUUGAGCGUCAACGUUGGAAGUUACCUAAUGGCGCAUUUGGGGAGCAAAGAGCACAGAUGAGACGCAUCAAAUUGGUUCAAAAUUCAGCUCCAGCUCUGAAAACUGAGUUCACGUUCAAACAACAUUGGAUUAAGAAUCGUAUAUCGCAAAGUCUUACAUAUUGAUUUCGGAUUUAUAUUGAUUAUAUUUAGGCUAUGGAUCAGAGGCGAGGGUUCUGAAAACGUGUCCAGCACGCCGAGCGGCUUCUAAAUAUCUGCUGUUGCUUUCCACACCGACCACAGCAUCGCAACACCAGCAAACACCGACGAAACCAACAGCUGUUGUCCCAACUUGGAAAAGACAUGCAGAAGAUGCACAGGAAGGUUAACCUGCUGUGGGUAGUCUUCUUGACGAUGACUCAGGUGUCAAUCAAGAGCUUCCCCACCAACAGUCACAAAAGUGCAGUCCCCAAGGACAGGAGCACUGCGACCACGGAGGCUAGCCCUGGUGGCGAUGUGGGUGAGACUCUGGAGGACCUCCAGCAGCAGAACCAGCUCCAGAGCCUGGCAUCAUCCAACCCAUCCUCUCAGAGACCCCGACGCCGUGGCUGGUCCCAGGGGGUUCUACCCAAACCAGAACCAGAGGAGGACCCAGAACCCUUCAUCCUGGACCUCAGGAACUUCCCUGAGCUGGCCAACGCAGACCUGGGAUCUCAUAACCCUAAUAUACAGGUGACCAUUGAGGUGGUGGAGGACCCACAGACAGAGAUGGAGAUGGACCUGGCCAAGGAGGGUGGGGAGGGGGGCCGCAACGACUGGUCCCUGUCAUCGGAGGAGUGGCUGGGCCACAAGAAGCUGUUCUGGCCUCUGUUCUGGGAGUACCCAGACCAGGCUGAGAGCGGGCCUGGCAGCAGGGCCAGCCUAGAGGAACAGGAGCAGCCCACAGAGGACUAUAACUACAACCCUGAGGAGCAGGAACCUGUGCUUAGUGGGACCGGGGGGACUGGGGUGGGGACAGGCGUGGGGGUGGGGGGUGGCUGGGGCAGCCGCUGGAGCAGCAACAAGGGAUGGGACUCCAAGGAGAACUACGAGUACGAGGAGGAGGAGUGGAGCGCCUGGUCACCAUGCAGUGUCACCUGUGGCCACGGCAACCAGAAACGUAUCCGUUCAUGUGGUUACGCGUGCACGGCGACCGAGUCUCGGACCUGUGACCUGGACAGAUGCCCAGAUGACCUAUUAGCAGUGACUGAGCUGAUACCUCUGGAGACAACAAAUGGCACUGACUCCCUUGACACAAACGUGGACAGCUGUGAGAAGUGGCUGAGCUGUAAGAACGACUUUCUCCAGAAGUACCUCCACCAGGUGCUGACCGAACUACCCAGCUGCCCCUGCUCCUACCCGUCCGAGGCCGUCUACAGUGCCGUCAACAUCUUCGACAAGACUCUGCGUAAGACCUACCGCUGGCGUGACGCCUCCGGCCCCAAAGAACGGCUGGACAUCUACAAGCCCUCCGCCCGCUUCUGCACACGCUCAAUGCUCUCCUUCGACAGCACCACGCUGGCCGCGCAGCACUGUUGCUACGGUGACCACAUGAAGCUGAUCACACGGGGGAAAGGGGCGGGCGCGCCAAACCUCAUCAGUACGGAGUUCUCACCGGAGCUGCAUUACAAAGUGGACGUGCUGCCCUGGAUCCUGUGUAAAGGGGACUGGAGCCGCUUCCACUCUGUGAGGCCGCCCAACAACGGGCUGCAGUGUGCCCACAACCCCACAGAAGACGUGUACCAGGCUGAGCUAGAGGAGGCCCGUGAGUACUGAGGGAGGAGAGGGGGAGGAGUACUGAGAUCCUGAGUGGGGAGAGACACACGUGGUUCCAAUGGCUCUAUUGGAUUUGGGCAUGGGCCACAUACUGAAUAUAUUGUGUUAACUAUCAGUUGCUUUGGAUGAAAGGAAACCUGGACAUCCCCUCCCCCUUAUUCAAUGUUUGGUCACAUUGUGGCACAGAGUUUAGUGAACACCUACAUUUUUCUAGUCAGGCUUAACCCAUCCAAAAUUGAGUCAAGUUGAAUACUCUUUUUUCAAUUUUUUUAUUUAUUUUUAAGUUGAAUACUCUUAUCUGGUGUGCGUGGGAAAACUCUAUGAUCGUCACGUCUUAAUGGCGCGUUGUAAUGACAUCAUCACCAUCAAGCGUUUCCUCAUUGGAUGACUCAUCGGAAUCCACCUGCCAAUUGGAAUAUGUUUUCCCGUGGAUGACUUACUGUGGUGUUACGGGAAGAGAAAAAACAACUAUUUUCUAACUGGUAAUUUAUUGCUUGUGAAAGUCCGAAUUUUGGAGAGCGUUUUUUUUUGGGCUACACUCAAAAAACAAGAAGAAAAAAACACUGGUUUGUAAACAUUGGGACAUUUUAAAGAGGGAGAGACUGCAAUGAGAUUGUCCUAGUUCUCUCUGACACCCCUCAACCCACCACCCCAUAGACUCACAUGUGCUGCUGCUAUUGAGAAAAUGGAUGGGGGGAUGGGUACAGGGGGAUGGGAUGGCUCAGGGGUUGCCAUGAGCUGUUCCAGAACCCCUGAGGGAACAUGGAGGAACAUGGAUAGUGUAUUUAUUGGACUCAUAUUGGGCCUGUAUUGUAUUUACUCAAAUACUCUGAUGUCUCAUGAAAGGAAUUCCUGUCAAGCUGCUAAAAUGGGGAUGAAUUCAACACAGAAUGUUAGUUGUUGUUUGUCUUAGACUUGAAGCUCUCUCUCACAAUCUCUGUCUUCUUUCUAUCCACCUCUCUCUCCCUUCUCUCUCUCUCUCUCUCUCUCUCUCUCUCUCCUGGCCCCACUCCAGUCGGAAGAAAAAAAACAGACUGAUCAAACACAGGCCCAAGAUGCAUUGUGCUUUUCUUACUUUCUUAUUUCAUGUCAAGCCACAUAUUUCUUUGGAGACGUUGACCCCUAGAACUCUAUUGUGUUAUUCAUCCAGUCAUAUCCAGUAUCAGAGGACCAGAUACUCAUCCUCCUGAGCCAUUUGGCCGUAAUGCUUCGUCAGAUAAAGUUGCAUGGGUCAUGGUUAGCUAAUCCUGGGGGAAACAUAAAAAAUACAUUGUUGAAGGUCUCUCUGUUGUUCUCUCUCUCUUUCUCGCUCUCAUCGACAGACGUACCGCUUGUUUUCCUCCUAAGGAUUGCUCCAUCGUUUAAUCUGAUCCAUAAUUGAAUCGUAUUGAGAUGUUUUCCUUUUAUCGCCUGUUAACAAGUCACGGUGUUGCAUUCCUCGCAACCCGAGACACCCGGAGAGACAGUCGUAGAUUUGCCGGUGGAGAGGGAGAGAGGAAAACCCUUGGUAGGGGGCCUUGAAAGGAGAGAGACACUAGGACUCUCCAGGGGUGAGGGGGAAGAUGGAGUGAGGCUGGAGGUAGAAGUGAAGGUGCAGGAGAGGGCUGAGGGGAGGGGUGUCUGGGCUCAGUUGAUGCAUGGAGGUCCUUUCUCCAGAGAGGAGUGGGAGUUGAGCAGAGGGGAAGUGGAGAGACAUCUCUGUAAACAGUGGAACCCUUUGAAGAGCUCUCCCCUUCACUGGUGUCCAAGACCUGCUGCCUCUCCCCCUCCACCCUGUCUUGAAGCCUGGUGUUGUUUUAAGGUCUUAAUCCUAACCCUGGUUAUCAGACUGAGUGCCAUUGAGAGAUGUUGAGGCUGAACACGUCCUGAAAGAAUAGUGUUGAUGGACAGCUCUCCCGCUCCACACUGCAAUGACAACAGCAGAAACAACACACAACCUUUGGUGUUACACACUCGGUUUCUCUUUCUUAUUUUUUUUAACAUUUUAGUAAUUUAGCAAAUGCUCUUAUCCAGAGCAACUUACAGUAGUGAGUGCAUCCAAUCGUUAUACUUUUUCAUACUGGUCCCCCGUAGGAAAUGAAUCCACAACCCUGGCAUUGCAAGAGCCAUGCUCUACCAACUGAGCCACACAGGCCUUAUCCUAUGCUUCCCUUUUUUUAUACUCUAAUUGCAGCCAGGUCACCCGUGAUACAAGUCCAUGUUCGAUGUCCAUCCACAUCUGACGAUGUCGGGAAAUGAUGUGUAAACCGGCCACUAGGAGCAAUAGUGAGCACUGUUAGCAAAGUAGGUUUUUGGUUUUGCUAUGGUGUUGUGUUGUGGACAGGGAUUGGGUGUUGCACGUUUGCAAGUUCAGAACCAGCAAUGGAAAGUCUUUUUGUUUUGAAGGGUAUCCCAAACCUUCAAACUUACCUUAACCAUUCAGAGUUACUGCUUAACCUAAGAAUUUGGAGUUAAUGCCUAAGCUUAACCUUAAACACACUGAAAUUUGACAUUUGGAACAACUUCUAAAUUUGACGUUUAAGAAACAUGGAUGAUGUCUAAUUCUAAGUCUAAUUCUGACGUGAGACUGUGGGAGCCGGUAGCUUGCUUGCUCCUUUUCUCCUUCCCUCCCUCUCUCUCUCCCUCGCCCUCAUCCAUGCCCAUUCAUAGCUGGCUCAAGUUGGCAUAGGGGAAUUCUCUGUAGGUUGUCAUCGGGCCGUCACUAAAGACAAACACAGACACACACACACACACACACACACGCAGAGUCAGGCAGCCCUCCAGUAUUCCCUCAACAUCCUGCACUCUGCCAUAUCGAAGCCAGUUAAGCGAAUAGCGUUUAGAAACUUCACAGAGAUCCCAAUUCAUCAAGAUGCCAAUCACAAUAAGAACACAGAGGGCUGUAGUAGUUGGACUCAGACACACUGACGAACAUAAUAUGAGAAGAGCGUUACAGCCUCUGGUAUGAACAACGUUUUUUUCCAUAAAAUUCUCUCAGAUGAAACAGCAGUAUGACAUGCGUUCUCCUUCAUCUGUUGAGACACGGUGCUGGUAACAUUUGUCCACAUUCUCUGAUCAAAGCCUUGCCAUUUUUCACCCUUUUUUUCCCCUUAACCCCCCCCCCUUCGGAGGACACAAAUAUAUUUUUUGUUUUUUACAGCAUUUCUGUUGUACAUACAGUACAUUGCACAUAUACAUACAUACAUUGCACAUAUAUAUUUUACAUACAUGGUACUUUGAUAUAUAGCAAUCACAUGACAAUAAUACAUUACCGAACAUGAGCUCUUUAAUCCCACCCCUCAGCCACUCUCAGCCCAUCCCACCUAUCACUGCAGACCACCCUCGUUUAGUUUCCAUGUGCCAUAUAUUUUUCAAUUGUGCUGUGAUGUUUUACAUGGAUUUUGAAGAUUUUAAUCACAUAGUAUCCAAAGCCUUGUCAUUGAAUGUGAUGUGUUCCUAUGGACUCAAACUGCCUUGACCAUCACAUUGUUGCUUCAUAUCACCACCAAACACACAGUCAAGUGAACACAGACAAAGUAAUGCAGUGAUUCAUAUGAGGAGUGUACGUUGGGAUAUGACCAGUUAACCAUCCACAGUCCCUGGAAGAUAUCCAUUACUUCAUGCCAGACACAGUCAGAAUGGACUCAAUUAAAUAGGGAAUUUGUCCCAAAUGGCAGCCUAAUGCCUAUAUAGUGCACAGUAUUGGACCAGAACCCUAUGGGCAGGGCCCUGGUCAAAAGUAGUGCGUUAUAAAGGGAAUAGGGUACUAUUUGGGACGAAGUCCCUCUUUAAUUGAGUCCAUUCUGACUGUGUUUGGCAUGGAGUAAUGGAUACCUUCACACUACACUGGGUUCAUCUUCCAUUGGGGCCCAGCUGUGAAAACCCCCUGAAUCCUCAUGGCAUUAACAGCUCAGACUCACACUGCUGCAUGGCUCUCCAGCCUGCCUGCUGCUGCCUCAGGUUUCACCAUCACAUUACACUACACUACACCCACUACACCCAGUGGAGGCUGCUGAGGGGAGGACUACUCGUAGUAAUAAUGGUUUUCAUGUGUUUGAUACCAUUCCAUUCACUCUAUUCCAGCCAUUACACUCCAUUCCAGCCAUUAUUAUGAGCUGUCCUCCCCUCAGCAGCCUCCACUGACCCUCACAGCAUAUCUCUCUGUCCUAGGAAUGUACUCUGUGUUGUGUGUAUGCACAUGCAAGCGUGUAUGUUUUUCAGAGGACCUCUAGGUUCUGAAUGAUUGUGUUUCUAAUGCUAUCUAGUCACGGUGUGUGUAUUUCUAAAGGGCUAGAUGGGCCUAGUCUAUAUUCAGUAGAUCAGUGGCGGUUGGUGCCAUUUAAGAUUAGGGAGGACUUUUUUUUUAUGCGCAAUGGCCUUAUUUCUAUUAAAGCAUAUUGGAUGACUGUCAUUCAUAUUCCAUUCAAUGUAACAUGAAUAGGUUUAGGCUACAUGAUACUUGCAUUUUCCCUAUAUCUAUCAUGAGGUUGCUACAACCUAGUCUAUGAAUGAAAGUUUCUAACAGAUCGAGAGACAAAUUGGAGUAAUCAAGGUGACAGACAGUGACACAUUCAAUACCGCCUUGCACACUCUUGCCUGAAUAUAGCUAAUCUAGGGUGUAAUCAUUAGUCCAAACAGCUGCAAACGAGAGUUUCUAUUGGACGAAUUCAGGUAGGUUUAUCCCCGUUUCGUUCCGUUUAUUUCCGUUUAAGAAACGUUUUUCAACAGAAUCGUCGGAAUGAAUACCCCUGAUCCCCCGCACACACAGUUCACUUUCAUAGCAGCCACAUACAAACAGAAUCAUCACUUUGCUCAUUAUAUAAUUCCUUCUCGCAUCUACGUGCUAUCCUCCCCUCACCUUUUCCCUUUCAGUGCACAACAGCUGUCUGUGGCCAUGCGAAAUUAAACUUUUCAAGCCAAACCUUCAUACCAUAAUCGCUAACCACUACACACAGCCUACAUCGUUGUCACCAUAUUAGCUAACGUCAUAGUCAACAUAGCUACUAGAACUAACGUGUUAGUAAACCCUCUACAAUUGCGCAGUACAGUGUACAUCAAGCAGUUUAGCAGUUACACCGGCGGGACUCGUGGCAAUAAAUUAAUUAAACCGCUUACCUUGACUUGGAAGAGUUCCAGUAUUGGAUAGCCUUAGCCAGAUAGCUAACAUAAAUAGCAUGCUUCUGUUUGUGCCGGGUGUUUAAGUAGGCUAAAUUAGCUAACUGAAUUAGCUAGCUAAGUGAAUGAAAGUAAAAAGAAAAUGAAAAAAAGAAAUACAGCUAGCUCUCGCUCUCGCUCUCUUUGCUGCUUCUCCUUAAUUUUUGCACUCAACAAAAAAAAGGCAGUGAAUGAUUUCUUAAAGAUCACUCUAAUCCAUUGUUCUAGGUUUUGUAUUGAAGUCAAUGUACCCAGAGGAGGACGGAAAAUAGCUGUCCACACCAUGGUGCUACCCCAGAGAGUGCUGUUGAGGCUACUGUAGACCUUCAUUGCAAAACAGUGUGUUUUAAUCAGUUAUUUGGUGACAUGUGAAUAUAUUUAGUAUAGUAUCAUCUUAAAAGGAUAACCUUUAGAACUUUUCACUCUUUUCCAUGAAAUGACUGAGAUGGAUGGUCCUCCCCUCCUCUGAGGAGGAGCCUCCGCUGCAGUAGAUAGAUAUCUGUGUAUGUGUGUUCUGUAGGAGUGCUGAGUAAAGUAUGGCUACAGAGGAAAAGGGAGAGAAGGAGAGAGACGAGGAAAAGAGAGAAGGAUGGAAGGAAGGCUGGCUAUCAGAACUGUUUCUUAGAAAGUAUUGACAUUGGCCUGAUUCUCAAAGUUAUUUUAUUUUGAAAGCAAGCCAGGGCCACCUCUCCCUCUUGCCCUCUCUCUUUCUCUGUACAGUGUUUCUGUACAGUAUGAAACGGACCAUUUUUCAAUGGCCACUGUUAAAUCCACUCAGCACAGUAUGAAUUGCUUGACUCUUUUCCAUGUACCUUACAGAUUCUGUCUCAUUGUUGGACCUUUUACCUAUUUAGCAAAGGGAAAUGUUAAGGUGAUAGAGCUUGUGAGAAGGGAAUAAAGUGCAACGAUUAUACAA